CGUGCAGAAUCAAUUAGACUCCAAGCAACUUUCAAGAAAGAGCAUCCAGCCCAAACAAACCAAAAACCACAAGCAUGUCGAAAUUUGUCAUGGUUGCCCUGGCAUUUGCCGCCGUCUGCCUGAUCCUGGCCAGCGCCGCCCCCGCACCUGCCGCACAGCUGCUGGAUGCACAGACAGCCAUCCAGAAGAUAAUUGCUGCCUACAAUCGCAUUCCAGGACGCUCUGUCGUCCACCCUGCGGAGGUGGCCACCGUGAUUGAUCCAAACACAUUUGUGGCCUACUACUGAAAGGACUCACUCUCUGUCCCAUGACAACUUGUACAAAAUCUAUCUCCACCGCACCAAUUCUUUAAUAAACAAACGAACAAAAUAA